AUUUUUCGUUCGUGUACAUCAGUUCCAUUAGAAUAAGUCAUAGAAAACAAACAAAUUAUGGAUUUUGAUCCAAAUUCAGUGGAAGUCAAUGAAAUAACAGACAUUUUCUCGUAUUUAAAGUCAAUUGACUGGCAGCAUGAGUAUUGGCUAUACGGGAUUCUAGUCUUUCAUAUCAUUUGUGCUACACUAGCAUUUUUGAUAAGUUUAAAUUUCCAAAUAGUCCUUUUUAUGGCUUUAUUAUUAAUGGUUUAUUUCUCAGAGUACCUUAAUGAACUAGCAGCGACUAAUGCUUACAAAUUUUCUCAACAGAAUUACUUUGAUUCAAAUGGGAUGUUUAUUAGUAUAAUUUUCUGCUGUCCAAUUUUACUAAAUUGUCUAUUCAUUCUGGCUCGAUGGCUGAUGAUGAGCUUUGAUUUAAUUACCAAAGUUAAGACUGCCCAAUUGAAGCAGGAAAUAAAGAGAAAGAAGGAUCAGACAAGGAAGAAGGUUGAAUAAUUAUUACUUAUGUUAAAUGUAAGGUGUGGAUGCUGUCUAAACUGCUAUGUGCAGAAACUUCGAAGAUAUAGAGCUAGAAAAUGAAUUUUUUGAACCAGUAUUCACAUCACUAAGUGUAUUUUUAAAGGACAAAGAAGGAAGACAAGCCAUAAGAG